GGCCCUCGCCCGCUGGUCCGCCAGGCCCCGCCUUUUUUGCGGCCCCCAUUGUGCUGCUGGACCCGACGACCAGGGUUGACAGUGAACCCCACGUAGACGCGGCCCCGGUACCGGGGGUUCAGGCAGUAGAGCAGAUAGACGCCGAAGAAGCGCCCUGGCCUCGCCGCGACCCCCGCGGGACCCAUCGGGCCUUGGGGUUCGGGAACCACAGCAGGGGGUUGAUUGCCGUGACCUAGGGUCCAGGGGAGGGCUGGAUUGCUAGGGCUGCAGGGUGCUUGCUUCGGAACAAGCUCUCGGGGACUAUCCGGAGGGAGCCUGGAGGCCGCGGUGGCGCGGGUACGUGCCCCUUUCGUGUCUGGAGACGGGUGUAGAAGUCCGACCGCCGAAGCCAGACUGCUGUUGCGUCGGCGAGCGCAUACCAUUCAGCAUCGGCUCCGCCCGAGUCCCACCUUCCUCAGGCUCUGAUUGGCUGACAGAUGGCAAGCGCGAAAAGCCUGGACCGUUGGAAAGCCCGGCUGCCUGAGGGCGGAAGUACUGCGUUGACGUACGCCUUAGUAAGGGCGGAAGUGAGUUUUCCAGCGGAAGUGGCUCCUGUAAGGCAGCAAGGUAGCGCGGCAGCCGUCCGAGGGGGUUGUGUCCCGGUUGGGCUGCCGUCCCAGCUGGACUACCGCCAUGGAACUCAGCGCCGAAUACCUCCGGGAGAAGCUGCAGCGGGACCUGGAGGCGGAGCAUGUGGAGGUGGAGGACACGACCCUCAACCGUUGCGCCUGUAGCUUCCGAGUCCUGGUGGUGUCGGCCAAGUUCGAGGGGAAACCGCUGCUUCAGAGACAUAGGCUGGUGAACGCGUGCCUAGCAGAAGAGCUCCCGCACAUCCAUGCCUUUGAACAGAAAACCCUGACCCCAGAGCAGUGGGCACGUCAGCGACAGAAAUGAGGGACUGGGAACUGCACAGCCAUUAAAUUAUAAAUCUGGACCA